AUCAAUUAAGCAGAAAAACAAUGUAUGUAUAUUAAUAAAUAAAUAGAUGGUGCUUAUACAGAAUCCAGGAUAAAACCCCACUGGAAAAAAACCCACCCAGACAUAACCCCACUGGAAAAAACCCCACUCUGACAUAACCCCAUCAAUAAAUGAGAAAAAUGGACAAAACCCCACUGUGACCAUUUUACACAUAAAACUGAAAAAUAUGAAAUAAAGUUGAAAUUUCUGUUUUGGAAGAAUAAAAUUAUAAAUAAAAUUCACAAAAUAGAUUAUGAUAAAGAAUAAAGUUUACAUUUGUAUUUUGAUCAGUCAAGUGUUGCACUGAUUGCAUUGAUCUCCAUGACAAAGGAUUAUCUGAACUUUGUGAUCAAGAGAUUAAGGAGGCCAGGUUUUCUUCUAAGAGAUCAAGGAAAUCAUGGAUUUAGGGCUUCCCAUUGUUGAUUGGGUAUGUCAUAAAUUCUACAUCAGAUGGACCCCUUAUAAGGUUGAAGAAUACUACGUCAGUAUUCAUUUCCUGAGAACUGUAAAUACAACUAUGGAAGUUAUCAAGAACAACAAGGGUGGUCUCAAGCUAAUUCACGAAGGCUACUUGUAUACUAAGAGGUAUGCCAGGAAGAAUAUUCGAUGGGAGUGUUCCAGCAGAGCUGCAUUUACUUGUAAAGGCGGUGUGACUUCAGACCUGGAGAUAAAGACCAUCGUUAGUUUCACACAACAUAGCCAUGAUCCACAGGAUCAGUCUGUAGCAGUGGCAAAGCUGCGUUCAGCCAUGAAGGAGCGUGCUGGCACAUCACGUGGUACACUUACUCAGCUCCUAGUCGAUUCCAUCAGUGACACACCUGUAGAUGUACGCGCAGAACUCGGUAAACCUGAUCACAUCAAACGUGCACUGCGUCGAGAACGGGCUAAACAUAUGCCCAAGAACCCCACUUCGCUCCGUGAUCUCAUGCUAGAUGAUGAAUGGACCACUUCAAGUGAUGGAGACAGAUUUCUCAUAUAUGACAACGGUGUGGAUUCCUCUGAUCGUAUGUUAGUGUUCGGGACUGAUGACGGAUUACGUCACCUUGCCAGUUCUGAGUCAUGGUUUAUGGAUGGAACAUUCACUGUUGCUCCACUGUUGUUUACUCAGCUGUAUGUGAUUCGUGUUCCACUCGGUGAGUCAGCUGUGACGUGUGUGUAUGCAUUUCUACCAAACAAGCACCAAUCCACAUAUGAGGAACUAUUCAUAUCAAUUCAGGAUCGCUGCAGCGAGCUAGGAUUCCAGGCUGAUCCUGUAACUGUCACCCUCGACUUUGAACAAGCUGUGAUGAAUGCAGUAAUAACAACCUUUGGUCCACAAGUCAAUGUUCAUGGAUGCUUCUACCAUCUUACGCAGAGCACGUGGAGGAAAAUACAGAGUCUCGGCCUUGUUCAACGCUAUCGGGAAGAGAAGGAUGUUAAGCUUUUCUGUGGUAUGCUUGAUGGACUGGCAUUCCUACCAGUUAAUGAUGUACCAGAGGGGAUGACCUAUCUGCGUGACAACACCCCUGAUGGGCUGGAACCCUUGCUCGUGUAUUUUGACAGCACUUAUGUGUCAGGAUCUUAUCGCCGUAUUCAGCCUCCUCAACGAUCAGAUGGAUCUGUACCUCCUCUUUGUAUGCGCCGUAUUCCCCCUGCGUACGCACCAUCCAUCUGGAAUGUGCACACCAUCACAUUGAAAGGUGGAUCCAGAACCAAUAACAUAUGUGAGGGGUGGAACAAUUCCUUUGCGAAACUAGUUGGACAUGCCCACCCAACCAUCUGGAGAGCCAUAGACAGCAUUCGGAAGGAUCAAACCCAGGCUGCUACUGCACGACUUAUGGAUGAGCGUGGUGAACGACCUGCAAAACGGGUACGACACCACAUAAAGAAGCUGCAGACGAAGCUCCAUAACCUCUGCACUGACAGACGGGAUGACAUCAAGUCCAUUUCGGAAGUUCUGAAAGGCAUCGGCCACUGUGUGAGGUGGAAGUAGGCUAGAUUACACUUGUUUCAAUAAAAAAUAAAUACUGUA